UUGGGCGGGCGUAUCGUUGGCCACGUCCCCGGGCCACGUCGCGCAGUACUCGCCAUUUUUCACCCGGGCGUAGAAUAGUACCGAUAAAGCUGUCGGACAAGCACAUCACUUACUGUCUGAGUUUAUCAACAAGUUUAGUCUGACAGCUGUAGUGUAGACACAUCUUGUCUCGUUUUACUGAGAUAAGACCCACGACUGUUUUGCAGCAAAAUGAACAUUUUCAGACUCACCGGGGAUCUCUCCCAUUUAGCAGCUAUCAUCAUCCUACUGCUUAAAAUAUGGAAAACCAGAUCAUGUGCCGGUAUUUCCGGGAAAAGCCAGGUCUUGUUCGCACUGGUGUUCACCACUCGCUACCUAGACCUGCUCACCUCCUUCAUCUCCCUCUACAACACCAGCAUGAAGGUCAUCUACAUUGGCUGCGCGUAUGCCACGGUGUACCUCAUCUACUCCAAGUUCAAAGCCACCUAUGAUGGCAACCACGACACCUUCAGAGUAGAGUUCCUGGUUGUCCCUGUUGGUGGCCUGGCAUUCCUGGUGAACCAUGACUUCGCUCCCCUGGAGAUCCUGUGGACCUUCUCCAUCUACCUGGAGUCCGUGGCCAUCCUGCCCCAGCUCUUCAUGAUCAGCAAGACGGGUGAGGCAGAGACCAUCACCACCCACUACCUGUUCUUCCUGGGCCUCUACCGCGCCCUCUAUCUCAUCAAUUGGAUUUGGCGCUUCUACUUCGAGGGCUUCUUUGACAUGAUCGCCAUCGUUGCCGGCGUUGUGCAGACCAUCCUUUAUUGCGACUUCUUCUACUUAUACGUCACGAAAGUACUGAAAGGAAAGAAACUGAGCCUGCCAGCGUAAGUGCCAAACCCAACACCUCAGCAGAAUCGCGAGGUGGGCAUAGGACAUCGCUGCCACCGCGCCCAGUGUAAGAUGCCUGAGACGGAGUUCGAACAACAGCAACAGCAACAGCAACAACAACAAGAAAACGAGGGAUCCUCCACUCUUUCUUCUGUCGUCUUCUGAUCCAACAUAUCAGCAGCUCCAGAACAAAGCCGAGGCCAUCCUGUGGCUUCAACCAACUCCACUUUUGCCCCUCACCCCCUCCCCACCCCUGGUCCCUUGCAAGCCUUCGGAUUCCAGUUUUACGCAUCUUGCCUUAACCUUUUUAUUAUUCUGUAUAAAGGAAAAAAACAAAACAAAAGUGUUUUUUCUACAUAAAAGGUGUUCUCUCCGCAAUUUGACACACAUCAAUGUUUAAAACCGACAAAAAGCAAACAAAAAACUCUAAAACGCCUUGAAAUUGGCAUCAAUACUCAAGGGGACUUGUUCUUAUGGUGAACAUUGACUAUGUUUGUAAGAGGAUUUGCAAUCAAAAAAUAAAUGUGCAUUGUUUCCUGUGAUAUGGGAAAUAUCUGUCGGACUGUAUGCUCCCCCUUUCCAUACCCCAUGGCGGUUAUUGAGUGGCUGUUUUUCUUAUUACACCGUUGUCAUCCCCUGUACAUUCCUUCCCUAAAGAAUGCCAGUUAUGGAUGGUUCAAGUGCCAUGCUCCUGUUUUUUUUUUUUUUUUUCUUCAUCAUGAACAGACCAUUCAUUCUCUGUUAAUGUUGUGCUACAUCAUAGAAGUGAAUACCACUACCCCAAAAUCCAACAGUGUGGUUUAACCAUGCACCAUUGAAUUCUGCAUCAGGUCCAUGUAGUUUCAUGAUGUCAAACAGGUAUUGAAACACUGCCUUAUCUUCAUUGCUGUAAAUGGCUUUGAUCAUGCAACUGGCAAAUAUUGUUUUUGUUCAUUCUUUUUUUUAACACCACCCAAUGCUUUAUCAGUAAAAUGGCCCAUAUCAACAAUACAUUUUAGAUGGGUCUUUAAUUUCAAAGUAGUUUUGCCAACAGUAAAACAAGCUGAUGGAAUUCAGUAACAUUUAAGAUUAUGAUGGUAAUAUAAGAAAUUAUUUUUCGAACUUCAAUUUAUUUGAAUAUAGAUAUGCCAUAUUGUCUCUGAAAUAAACAGCAAUGCCCAGAAAAAUGUAAACACGAUGUGCAUAUUGAUGAGCUCAUGAAAGCUUUGCUUUCUUGACUUUAACAAGUUUGAUUUAUUAUGGGCAUUGUUGCACAUUCUUCCAACAAUCCUCUCAUCUUUUUAUUUUCACACCCCAACCAUUCCUAUUUUCUUUCUUUUUUUACAUUUUUUUUAAAUUGAGCUUUUGCAUGUGACCAUCUUGAAUAAAGAUUUUACGGGAAACACUGA